CUCGCUCUCUCUAUUUUAUUUAUUCCUCUCAGCGAUGGCGGCGGAGUUUCAGUCUUCUUCUCCCUGCAACGGAAAAUGGUUUUUUACACGGGAACAGAUCGAGAAUAGUCCGUCUCGCCGGGCAGGGCUUGACCCCGACAAGGAGCUCUCGUACCGACAGCAAGCCGCCAACCUUCUGCAGGAUAUGGGACAGAGGCUCAAUGUCUCUCAGCUGACAAUUAACACUGCAAUUGUAUACAUGCACCGAUUUUACAUGAUCCAGUCCUUCACGAGAUUCCACAGGAAUGUUAUUGUGCCUGCAACUCUCUUCUUGGCUGCCAAAGUGGAAGAGCAGCCACGAAAAUUGGAAUAUGUCAUUAAGGUGAUGCAUGCCCUUCUGAACCCUCAGGAUCCCUCACCAGAUGUCAGAAGUGAGGCUUACCUGCAACAAGCCCAAGACCUGGUCAUUCUUGAGAGCAUAAUACUACAGACCCUGGCCUUUGAAAUUACUAUUGAUCACCCACACACUCAUGUUGUGAAAUGUACGCAGCUUGUCCGAGCAAGCAAGGACCUUGCACAGACAUCAUAUUUUAUGGCCACAAACAGCCUCCACUUGACCACGUUCUGUCUCCAGUAUAGGCCUCCUGUAGUGGCCUGUGUGUGCAUUCACCUGGCAUGCAAGUGGUCAAACUGGGAGAUCCCAGUUUCCACUGAUGCGAAGCACUGGUGGGAAUAUGUUGAUCCCACUGUCACCCUUGAGCUUUUAGAUGAGCUUACCCAUGAGUUCCUGCAGAUCCUGGAGAAGACCCCAAGCCGACUGAAGCGAAUACGAAACUAUAAGGCAGGAGCUGCACCAAAGAAAUCCAAGGUCCAGGAGGGAGGAGACCAGACCGAGACAAUGAUGUCUAUGAUUUCUAUGGCGUCUUCAGAAAGUGCUCUGGCAGGGCUCAUGAGCAUGUCUGCACCUCCUUCUAUGUCUUCAGGAGAAGAGAAGGACACUUCUGGAAUGUCCCAGGGCACUCAGCAGUACUGGCAUCAAAAGGUUGUAGGAGGGAAGUGGCCAGCACCACCAGCCAAAGUGUCCCUGAGCGAGUACCGAGCCAAGCAUGCGGAGGAACUGGCUGCCCACAAACGCACCCUGGAGAACAUGGAAGCCAACGUAAAAGAGCAGUAUGCCACCGCCGCGCAGGCACUCAUAGUACAGCAGAGAAAGGAUAAGACAAAUGCACCACACCAGAGGGACAGCAGUAACACUGAGGGCUCCAACCCUUCCCCUAUUAUUGUGAAAAUCCCUGUUGGUGGCUCCGAGAAGACAGAGAGGCAUGCAGCCAACAAACAGGAGAAACUUCUGAAGCUUCGGCUGCCAGCAGCUGGACCAGGGGAAAAGGUGGUGCCACCUACAGUUACCUCUCAUUCGCGCCCUGAGGAAAUCAAAGUGCGAAUAAAGGUCCCUGUAGUGCCAGAGAGGCAAAGUUCGCCAGAUGAGGGCAGUGGAAAGCACAAGGACCGGUACAAGGGACAUUCCACCAACCAUCACCACCACCACCAUCACCACCACCAGCAACAACAGCAGCAUUCUUAUAAGCAUGGUGGAGGGAGUAGCAUAGGCAGCAAACAUACCAGUGACUCUUUAAAGCAAAAUGCCUCUCAGAGCAGCACUUCUUCUUCCCGUAAGCGUCCGUUCACAGAAGACAUGUCUACUUCCAGCUUGGCGGCUUCUCACAACCAUCAGCCAAAGGUGAACAAAUCCUCCAGAAACUCUUCCUCCCACAAGCUGCACAACUCCUCUUCAUCUCAGUCAUCCAGCCAGCAGUGUAGCUUCUCUGCUCCAAGUCUCUUGUCUUUCCCUUCCUCCCUUAUGUCACAAGCAGUUGGCUUUGGUCAUGGAAAGGGGGAGAAAGUGCCAGUGGGGAGUGACUCAAAUGGACACGGUGUAAGCAGCCAGUCAAAUGAAUACCAGGACACGUUUGAAAUGCUGAACUCCUUGCUGAGCGCCCAAGGUGUGCAACCAGCACAGGCCCCUAUGUUUGACUAUAUGCCUGCCUACCGUUUCCCGGGGAUGGCAGUGGGGGCAAAGCCCUCAGGCACAGAAAGCUCCAGGCCCCCACCACUGCCAGCUGAACCACCUCCCCCACUCCCACCUCUCCCAAAGUAAUGGCUUUGCAUCUUUGCACAAAGACACUGGUUUUAUUUUUGUGUAACCUCUACCCCUAUUUCUGUUGUGGUCAUCAAGAUAUUGUCUAUUA